AUGAGAAACAUUUUCACUUUGAAUUCCCAGUGUGGGGAGGCUGUGAUGAGGGGGCUUACAGGGUGGGGGUCAGAGUGGCCGAGGCAUCAUUUAAACUCCCUGCAAAGGCACAAACACCAGAAGAGAAAAGUGAAGAUGGGACAUUUGGAAAUGGUCACCACGCUGCUGGCAGCCAUGACUCUAAUGGACAUCUUCCAGGUCAAAGCGGAAGUGUUAGACAUGGCGGAGAAUUCAUUUGAUGACGAAUACCCUAAGUGCAGCAACCGGAUGGAAAUGAAGUUUGUUCCUCAGCUGCUCAGGGAGGAAAUCGCCAGCCAUGAGCUCCUGCAGACUGUGUGGGACAAUGCUGGGAUCAUGUGGGAAGCCCGGAAGGCUCAGAUCCCCCUCCCCCUGAACUUCAAGGAUUCCUAUGGAAUAGCCCUGAUGGCGUUCGUGACCGAGGCCCGAGAGCAGACUCCUUUUUACCACGAGUUCAACAGAGCUGUGAAGAUGGCCGGCCAGUCCCGCAAAAGUUACGUCUAUGACUUUCCCUUCAAAGCCUUUCAUUUUUACCUGACAAGGGCCCUGCAGGUGCUGAGGAAACCUUGUGAGGACAGCUACAAAGACACGGUGUACCUCACAAGUCCAGGCAUUUCCUUCACUUUCGGAGAGAAAAACCAAGCCCGGCUGGGCAACUUCACACUGGCAUAUUCAGUCACACCCCCCACAGCUAACAGCCAACCAGUGCUAACCAUCCACACCUGCUUUGGGGUUGCUGUGGAAAGGUUUUUUGAUAAAGAAAGUGAGAGAGUUGUUUUAAUACCUCUGAGUGAGGUUUUUCAAGUGUCUCGGGAAGGAACUGGCAAGAACCUUACUCUCCACAGCAUAAAUAAGACCUGCAGCUACUAUGACUGCUCAUUUCUUGGGGGUCUAAAAACUGAAAACUGUGUUGCAAACCCAGAAUAUAUUGAACCAGUGUAUGCCUACAACCCUGAUCUGGAAAGUCAGAAGCUUGAAGACUCUGUGCCUGGAAUCAAACCCUGGGCUCCCUGCAAGCUAGGUAGGAAAAGACUGGAAUCCACUGGAAUACCAGGAAUUAAAGUGCUACAACCAGAUGAAAAUCCUUUCCAGCCGGAUGAAAAACCUGAAGAGAAAAGCCAAGGAAAGGCUGCCAAUCCUACUCCGGGCCCAGCUCCAGGUCCAGGUCCCAAAAGCCAUCCUUCCGCAUCAUCUGGCAGAAUGCUCCUUCCAUCAAUCACAGCAUCCAUCAUGUUAAUCGUCGCUUCUGCUGUAAGCAUCCCCACUGCUCAUGGCAUCCUAACGUUCAUUUGAAAGAUGCAAUGGGGACCCCACAGGAAGUCAAGAGAAAAGAGGUCUUUCUCACUUGCACAGACUGUAUAAAAUAAGAACUGUAUAUUUGUUCCCUGUUUUACAGUUUAAAAAGCUGGUCCAGAUAGUGUCAUAGAAUUAACUUUUCAUUUCUGUUUAACUUUAGGAUUGUAAAAAUCCCACAGCUGUAUACUUUUGAUCGGAUUCAAUAAAACUUUUAAGUUUAUUAAA